GUUUCUCUCUUUCUCCUCUUUCCCCCAUCUUCACAGACGUUCAACACUACUCGCGUUUCCCCUAUUUCCAAACAGAAAUUUCACGAUGAUGAGAGGCGCGAAAAGACAGAGGCCUUCAACAGCAACCCGUGAGUCGCCGAACAAGCGGAAGCCGACACCGACGCCGUCUGGCAAAUUCGACCCCAUCAAGGUCGCGACGCGCGAGAACGCGGCGGCAGUUGACGCGAACCUGCCCCUCGAGCAGCUCUUAGAUGCAGUCGGGAGUCGCUCGCAGGACGCUGUGGAGGAAGGAGAAUGCGUGGUGUAUUGGAUGCGUAUGCAGGACAUGAGGAUUGAAGACAACCGCGCGCUGGCGCUCGCCUCUGCGGAGGCACAGAAGACGAAGAAGCCACUCGUUGCUAUAUAUGUUAUAAGUCCCCAGGACUAUGCUGCCCACGACAGGGGAGCGCGAAGGAUCGACUUCAUGCUACGCAACUUGCGCAUUAUCAAGAUCAAACUGGACGAGAUGCAUAUUCCACUUCACGUCGUCACCCAUGCCCCUCGGAGCACAUUGCCCAGACGCAUCAUCUCCCUGCUCUCGCUCGUCGGCGCGCACAAGCUAUACGCAAACAUAGAGUACGAAGUGGACGAGCUACGACGCGACAUUCAGGUCUGCGAAAUAGCCAAGAAGGAUGGAAUGAAGGCGACCUUCGUCCAUGACAAAUGUAUCGUUGAACCAGGUGUAGCGGUCAAGAAGGAUGGGAGCUACUACGCAGUCUACAGCCCCUUCCAACGUCUCUGGCUCGCGACGCUGAACGACUCCCAAGGACGUUUCCUGGACCCUUCCCCAGAGCCGGCCGCGAACAGCAAAAGCGUCCGCAAGCAUGAGAAGCUUGGCGAUCUUUUCGAAGGCAACGUACCCGAGACUGUUGAGGGCUUCGAGCUUGCUGAAGAUGACCGCAAGAAGAUGGCGGAAUAUUGGCCGGCGGGUGAAGAGGCGGCCCUACUCGUGCUGGACCGCUUCCUGUCCACCAAGAGCCGCCCGGAGCAGGCGGGUGGUGUCAAUCCACUUAGCCAGGGCGCCGAAGAAUCGGACAAGUACAGUCGCAUCCAUGUAUACGGGGACGAGCGAGACAGAGUCAACGCGGAUACGACCAGUCGCAUCAGCCCUUACCUCGCGUCUGGUGUCAUUUCCGCACGCCGCUGCGUGCGCUCUACCAUGAAGCUCACCGGCUCUUCUAAGGUUGAUGGUGGACGCAACACCGGCAUCGGCCGCUGGGUUCAGGAGCUCGCCUGGCGCGACUUCUACGUCUCGGUCCUCGUGGGCUUCCCGCGCGUCUCCAUGGGCCGGCCUUUCAUCGAGAAGUACGCCGACAUUGUGUGGGAGGGGUACCAGGAGCCCGCGGGGAAGAAGGCGAGCGAGCUGGAGGGAAAGAAGGGGCGCUCGAUCAAUAAUGGGGCGGAGCACUCGACGAGCAAGGGCGAGGGGCAUAGCGCGACGGAGAUUGAGGAAAGCGGAGACAUUUCAGAGGUGCGGGCGUGGAAGGAGGGGAGGACGGGGUAUCCGAUUGUGGAUGCGGGGAUGAGGUGCAUUAAGGAGACGGGGUGGUUGCAUAAUCGGCUGAGGAUGACAACGGCGAUGUUUCUGGUGAAGGAUCUGAUGGUGGAUUGGCGGGUGGGCGAGCGGUACUACAUGCAGAACCUCAUUGACGGUGACCUCGCGUCCAAUAACGGCGGCUGGCAGUGGUCCGCCAGCACCGGGGUCGACCCAGCGCCGUACUUCCGUAUCUUCAACCCAUAUCUGCAGAGUGAGAAGGCCGAUCCCGAAGGCGACUUUAUACGCAUGUUCUUACCGGAGCUGAAGUCGUUGAAGGGCAAGGAGAUUCACAACCCUCCGGCGAAUGUGGCGAAGCGGCUUGGGUACCCGCUUCCUAUCGUUAAGCACAGCGAGGCGAAGGAUAGGGCGAUCAGGAGGUUCAAGGCGCCAGGCGAGAAGUAGGCAUUUGAGACGGUAUUUCUAGCGACAGUGUGCGACUGGGAGACGAGUGGACGUUGUACAAGAUAUAAAUGAAUAACGGAUGUCAUGCUUACUUUGUGGACGCCACGAAGGCAUCGCACAAGUGCUUGUGGACCUUCCAAUCUCCCGUCUGGCAUUUUCUCGAACAGUAGUAAGUCUUCUUGCACCUACUGCACAGAAACGCCUUCCCUCCAGACCCACAGACCGCACAGCAGGUCUCCUUCACCUUGACAGUGCCGUUCCGCUCCAUCUCGUCCAUCAUCUUCUUCAACAUCACACCGACAUCCUCCAGGUAAGGUACAGGGUAUACGAGGCCUA